AGGAAAGACGCAUAGUCCCAAUGUGUGGGCGGGGCCUGAUGGGUUCUGUAGACAUCUGAAUAAGAAGAGCAAGUUGCCGGAAGAAUCAGCAAGGAAAGCUCGCGGUGUUGGUUGAGGCCUACCUAAGUGCAAGUAGCGAGAUGGGGGAGAGCAGCCUGGAUAAGGUAACGUCUGAAAACCUACGAGAAGAGGGUAACAAACACUUUAAGGCUGGGGAUUAUGAUGCAGCCUUAUCCUGUUACACAAAAGCAAUCAGCCUCUCCAAUGACAAAAAAGAUGCAGCGAUUCUUCACCGCAAUCGUGCUGCCUGCUACCUUAAAUUGGAUAAUUAUGCAAAAGCCGAAGAAGAUUCAUCGAAAGCAAUUGAAGUGGAUGGAGGUGACGUGAAGGCACUGUUCAGACGCAGCCAGGCCUUGGAGAAGCUUGGUCAACUGGACCAGGCAAUACUUGAUCUCAAAAGGUGUCUUAGUUUGGAACCUAAAAAUAAAGUAUUUCAGGAGGCUGUGAGAAACCUUGGAGUUCGGGCCCAGGAAAAGGUUCGACUCAUGUCAUCCACAGACUCUCGAGUUGAACAGAUGUUUCAGAUUUUACUUGACCCAGAAGAAAAAGACACAGAGAAACAACAAAAGGCUGCACAGAAUUUAAUUGUCCUAGCUAGAGAAGAUGCAGGAGCACAGAAGAUUUUCCAGAGUGAUGGAGUACGCCUCCUGCAGCGUAUGAUGGAAACUAAAAAGGCAGAUAUGAUGGUAGCUGCCAUGAGGACUUUUGUUGGUCUCUGCACUGGUCAUCAGUCUCGGACUGUGGCAAUUCUAAGAGCAGUGGGCAUGGAGAAGUUCUGUUCUAUUAUGGCAGUGGAUGAUGAGCCUGUAUCUCUCGCAGCAUGUAAUCUUCUACAUGUCAUGUUUGAUGCUCUUAAGGAAGGAAUGACUAAGGACAUCCGGGGGAAGGAAGGUGCAAUUGUCCUUGAUCCAUCCCAGGAGCUGAAGUCUAUGAUCCACCAUCUUCUGGAGAUGCUUACACAGAAAAGUGUUUCAUCACAUGGCCGGGAAAAUUCUCUUAAUCUUCUGAUAAAAGUGGUUCCUCGAAAGACAUUACGUGAUCUCAACAAUGGCAUGACCCUGUGGGUCAUUGACCAAGGGUUAAAGAAAAUACUUGAAGUGGGAGGAUCUGUUGUGGAGAUCCCUGGAUGCCUUGAUGUCACAGAAACCACUAGAAUGAGUGCUUCUGUUCUCCUUAACAAGCUUUUUGAUGACCUUAAAUGUGAUCCUGAAAGACAGAACUUCCACAAGCUUUGCGAGGAUUAUGUCCGGGGAUGGUUUGAAGGCCAUGGUAUGGAUGGGAAAUUGCGAGCAAUACAGACAGUCUCCUGCUUAUUGCAGGGUCCGUCUGAGGCUGGAAAUAGAACACUUGAGCUUACAGGUAUCAUGGAGAGUAUCAUAUCUCUUUGUGCGUCUGAACGAGAAAUUGAUCAGCAGAUUGCAGUAGAAGCACUAAUCCAUGCUGCAGGCAAAGCCAAAAGGGCCUCCUUCAUUACAGCCAAUGGGGUUACGCUACUGAAGGAUAUUUACAAGAAGAAUGAAAAUGAUGCUAUCCGUAUACGUGCCCUGGUGGGUCUCUGCAAGUUGGGCUCUGCAGGAGGGACGGAUUUCAGCAUGAAACAGUUUGCAGAGGGAUCUACUCUGAAAUUAGCUAAGCAGUGUCGCAAAUGGCUGUGCAAUGAGACCAUACAACCGAGCACAAGGCGUUGGGCUGUGGAAGGGUUGGCUUACCUGACAUUUGAUGCAGAUGUUAAAGAAGAGUUUGUAGAAGAUAAAUCUGCUUUGCAGGCUAUGUUCACGCUCGCAAAGUCACAGGACAAGACUGUGUUAUUUGCUGUCGCUUCCACUUUGGUGAAUUGUACAAAUAGCUAUGAUCGAGAAGAAGUGGAUCCACAGAUGUUGGAACUGGCAAAGUAUGCCAAGCAACAUGUUCCAGAGGAGCACCCAAAGGACAAGAAAGAGUAUGUUGCUGUUCGUGUUCAGAAAUUACUGACGGCAGGCGUAGUGUCUGCUCUUACCUGCAUGGUGAAAAACGAAAGUCCAGCACUCACUGAUUCUUCCAAGGAACUGAUAUCCAGAGUUUUCUUGGCUUUAGUGGAAAAAUCUGAAGACAGGGGAAAUGUUGUUGCACAAGGAGGAGGAAAGGCAUUAAUUCCGUUAGCUUUAGAAGGUACAGAUGUUGGAAAGACCAAAGCAGCUCAGGCAUUAGCAAAGAUUACAAUCACUUCAAACCCAGAAAUUGCAUUCCCUGGCGAGAGGAUUUAUGAGGUUGUCCGACCUUUGGUCAGUUUGCUUCACCUGGAUAGGACAGGCCUGCAGAACUUUGAAGCAUUGAUGGCACUUACAAACUUGGCAGGGAUCAGCGAGAGACUCAGAGGAAAGAUAAUCAAGGAAAAGGCAGUGCCAAUGAUUGAAGGCUAUAUGUUUGAAGAUCAUGAAAUGAUACGCAUGUCUGCAACCGAAUGCAUGUGCAACCUUGCCUUGAGCAAGGAGGUUCAGGACUUGUAUAUGGUGGAGGGGACAGACCGCUUAAAGCUGAUGGUAUUGUACAGCGGUGAAGAUGAUGAACGACUUCGCCGUGCAGCAGCUGGAACUCUUGCCAUGCUAACAUCUCUGCAGCCUGAGAUUUGUAAAAGGAUCCCACAAGUGACGGUGCACUGGUUGGAGAUCCUGCAGGCUCUGCUGCUCAGUGAGAACACAGAACUGCAGCACCGUGGAGCUGUUGUCGUCCUGAACAUGAUGGGAGAGAAGGAGGUGGCUGAGAAGAUGAUGGAGAGUGAAAUGUUGGAGAUCCUGUCAGUGCUUGCCAAAGAUGAGGGGGAGGAGAAGAAACGACCGGUCGCCACAGCAGCCAGAGAAUGUUUAGCCAAAGCAGUGGAGCAUGGAUUAAUAAAACCCAAUGAAUCGGCACAGGAAGAGUGAUGAGCAACAGCUCAACUGUAAUGGAAUAUUAUUUCUUGUCUUAAUUUGCUGCUACUAAACAGACACUGCAUUUGCACAGCAUUGUAAAUAAUGUCUUAAGAUUCCAUAUUGUCAUUACUCAAACACUAUCACAUGGCCUCUUGUGGGUAAAGAGUAUAUAUAUUUAUAUGAAAGUGAGCUUGGUGUUUGGGGAGAACCUUAUUUGUUAAUAUUUACAUAAAACAUCAUUAUUUUAUGAUAUCUGGGCCUUUUCAAUAGCUGUUUUUAUCUAUAUUUAGAUAGACAAUGAAGGGUCCUCAGUGCAGAAACUUUUUAAAAGAUUCUCAUGUAUUUAUAUGCAUGAUUCAGCUAAACCUUACUGAAAUGCACAACUAGGUGAGCAAAUAUUUUUUCAGUCAUAUUAAGCAGCUUUCUUAAAACUGUUAUACAGCAGGUAUUGUAAAGAAUAGUUCGCUUUUCACUAUUAUUAAUUUCUUGUUGCUACUUUAAAAUCAGGAUGUUACUAUUGCUCUUAAAAUGUAAGUAUAAUACAUGAGAGAUUUUUCUCUCAUCAGCCUGGAUAACAAAGAUUGCUUUUAGUUUGUGUGACUGAAAAAUUCAGGAAGGUUUGCUGUUGUCCAAUAUAUAGAAAAACUAAUAUGUUUUUAAAGUCUGCAUCAUUUAAUAUGUACAGCUAAUCACUGUGCUUGAGGCAUUUUCAGGUUUGAAUAGACUGUUUCAGUGGCAUAUGCAAAUAGGCUGCACCAGCGUUCAAACACUCCUGCUCAGAGGCGGCAGUUGCUUGUAUGAUGCAAAUCUUGCUAACGCCACUGCUUGCUCUCUCAACUGGUGCAACACUUUAAUGAGGGUGCAUGGGGAAUUACAGCAUAUGUAAAUAUGCUGCUGAAACAGAGAGAUCAUUUACUAGAAUCAUUUUUGUUAAUAGAAAUAUAUUGCAAAAAUACUUUUCAAAUUUGAAAUAAACUCAUGCACAUUUGUCAGGAUUAUUCUGUCCCUUUAAGUUUCUGAAAAACCCCCACAUACUAAGAAUCUUAAUUAUACACCAACUAAAAUUAGCUUUAACUUUUAAAAAGAUAUUCUAAUGCAAAAUAUACUCUCUGUAUUUUUUUGCACUUGUGUCCCUUUGCUAACUAUGAGGUUGUUUACAAUUCUGUAGAACAGUUUAUGAAAUGAUUUACCUACAAAACUACCCAUAGACUUUAAUGGGCAGAUUGUGUAGAAAGUAGAAAAUAAUUAGUUCAACCCGUAUGUGCUAAACAGUUGCAGAUGGUUUAAACAUAUACCUACAUCUCUGCUCAGCAGCAACACAUUGCAGCUCCUGAGCAGGACACAGUCAGUGAGCCAAUAAGGGGCAGCAUAUGUGUGUAGCCACCAAUCACCGACCAUAUCCAGCUAAUGAGCUCUAAGUAUUGUGGCUCUAGAGUGAGACUUUAGCUAUGUGUUUUAUUCCUUUUGUAGGGGUUAAACUCAUAGGAAAGCGCACAAAUUCAAAAAUAAAACCCAUUAGAACAUUGACACAUCUCUUUAAAUAAAUUGCACCAACAGCAGUCACAAAUCUCUUUUAGAUUAAAAUGUGGCCAUUAAAGAUUUGAAGUUAAAAAAAAAUCAAUCUAACUGUAUAAAAAUUAGCAUAAAUAUUGGGUACUAGAGUAUAAAAAGUACGAUCAGCCAUUAGAAGUUCUAAAUGGCAUUCCAUCAUUAACAAUAAAUGGAAAUAAGUUGCUGACAUUCCAUGCUCUCUUGGGUGAAUGCUGACAAUGUUAUAUAAGUGAGGCGUAUGAAAUUAUUUUUUACAUUUAUGAAACAAAGGUUUAAAGGGGACGCAAAUACAAUUUUUUUUGAGUGCAAGCUAUAGAAAAUAUUUUUCAUUUCAGUACUUUUUUUUAACUCCUGGCAACUUUUCUCAAUACUAUAUUUAUAUUUGUUCUUUGAAAUUGUGUUUCGUAUUAAAUAUCUAUAAUAAAUUCCAUUUCUAACAUUCCUUUUGGUUGCACUAUUCUAGAAGCCUUGUAAGAAUUGUUGGUAGCAGUACACUAUUUUAAUUAAUAAUCACUGUUCUGUUCCUUUUUGUUUUUAAAUUUUUUAAAGUAAAUAUAUAAAAUAAGUGUUGAAAUUUAUUAAUUUUGUUUAAUACUGCAAUAAAUAACAUUUGGUUCACA